CCUCAACACCUACUAUUGAAAAUGUCCCACCUCACCUACUACAACUACGACAAAGUCGGCAAACGCAACCAACAAACCUUCAAGUACAGCCAAGCGGUGCGCAUCGGCGACCGCAUCGAAUGUUCCGGCCAAGGAGGCUGGGACCCCCAAACCGGCGCCUUCAACCGCGAGAUCAACGCGCAGAUCGACCAGGCGUUCCGCAAUGUGGAGCUGGCGUUGAAGACGGCCGGCGGGAAGGGCUGGGAGCAGGUCUACCGCGUGAACUCGUACCAUGUGCCGAUCAAUAAUGAGGCGCUGGAGGCUAUGGUGCGGAAUUUUCGGGUCUGGAUGCCCGAUCAUGAGCCUUUGUGGACUUGUGUUGGGGUUACACGGUUGGGGGAGGAUGAUAUGAGGGUUGAGAUUGAGGUUGUUGCUCAUCUUUCUAGUUGA